AUGCAGAAGCUUGCCCGAAAUGUUUCCACUCUUCGCGCUCUGCCAUGGCAGUUUCCACUCACUGGCGAGGGCCCCGUAAUCCAAGGUCAAACGGCAGAGGCGAGAUUCAACCUCCGAAUGGUCCAGCACGCCGACAGUGCACAAUUUCCGCAAUGUUUUGCGGUCGCUGCAGAAAUGAAAAAAGAGAAAGUUGCUCCUAGCAGGAUAACCUACAACACUCUAUUGCGUAGUCUUGCCCAUGGAGGGCAUGCCUCAGCGACUCUUGCUGUUCUCGAAGAUAUGGUGGCAAUGGAAAUCAAGCCAGACGUAACUGCGUUUAACUUCAUUGUUCAUGCCCAUAGAACACAAGUUUCUCCUUUCUUACAUUCCGUACUACGUAGAAUGGAGAACAUGGAGGUCCCGCCAAACGCGACAACCUACGCACUCCUCAUCUCACGCUUUGCCCAAGAACAAAAUCUCGAAGUCUGUUUGGCCUAUCUCAGGGAAAUGCAAUCAGCUGGAUUAGUCCCUCAACUGGCUACGAUCCAGUCAGUCAUCAUUCUGGCAGCUGAAAAAGGUUGGCCGCGAUUGGCCAUAGACCUCGCCGAAUCAUACGAGCGAACGACACGCAAAGUAGAGGACUCCGUCUGGCACGCUUGCCUUCAAGCUUCUGCCUCUCAGCUAUAUGCUGAAGGUGUCACUAAAUGCUGGAAUCUCCUUGUCAAAGACCUUGCGGUUUUACCUGAUGAGGGUCUUUGCUUAUUGGUGUUAAACACGGCUGCCCGUCAUGGACUACCCGACCUUGCAACAGAUGUCAUGCGCAUCCUUCAAAUUUUGGAGGUGCCAUGGGAGGAGGCCCACCUCGCCGCCUUAUUCGAAGCUUUGUUUGUAACCAAACGUUAUGAAGAAUCUUUCGAUUCUCUCGCCAUCAUGCGUCAAAACGACUUGAUUCCAACCCUCCAAACCGCCUAUCCCAUAGUUGCCGCUAUUGUUGCUUCACCGCCACUCCUCGACGAGUUGUGGACCGUUAUACUCCAGAUGAAGGACCAGAACAAAUUUGUCGAUCCUUCCAUUGGUCUUGCCUUACUCCAAGCAUCAGUCGCAACCCAACCACUCUCUCGUGCUCUCGGAGACAAUGAGAGUCUGAUCAAGUUUGGGUUUGAGCCUAGCCUCGAAGCGUUUGCUAUUUUGCUCGAUGCUUGCAUCAGCAGUGGCAAUCUGAUCUACGGAGAGCUGGUAUAUCAACAAGCCAAACAGGCAGGAGUAGACAAGGACGCAGCGUCACUGGAACGUAUGAUUGCUCUUCAUCUCUCCAGGAACAAGUUUGACGGAGCGUUUCGCUAUCUCGACCUAAUGGAGAUCAAUGACUCGAUACCGAGCAAACAUAUUUGUGAAGUAUUGGCUCUGACAGCAGCAGAUGCCCACGACCCCCGUUACCUGCUGGCCAUCGACGCGAUGAAGAGGGCCCAAUACCCCAUAGAGCAGACAUUCUUGGACAAAUGUUUGGAACAGUACAGGAGAAGGCAACCGGCUCAGGUAUCGAAGGAGGCAGGACUUGACCCCGUGGCAAAAAAGUUCAUCGAAACGGGAGGUUUGUAA